UGCGCGCUCCCGAGUCACCAGGAAAUAUGGCGGCGCUCAUGACUCUCAGCCAGCUAUCAAGUGGAAACCCAGCUUAUGACAGCUACUACAGACAGCUGGAUCCAGGAAACACAGGCAAAAUUUCAGCAGGCGACGCAGCUCAGUUCCUUAAAAAGUCAGGGCUGUCAGACAGUACAUUGGGAAAGAUUUGGGAUUUGGCAGAUUCCGAAAGAAAAGGCUAUUUGGAUAAGAGGGGUUUCUUCAUUGCUCUGAGACUGGUGGCGUCAGCACAGAGUGGAAAUGACAUCAGCCUUCACAACCUCAACCAAAACUUAGCUGCACCCAAAUUUAGAGACACAAGCAGCCCAUUAGUAAGUGUUUCAACGGCAGGACAUGACUCUCAGUGGGCAAUAAGGGCGGAUGAAAAAGGGAAGUUUGAGGGUAUUUUUGAGAGUCUGUCCCCAGUAAAUGGUCUCCUCCCAGGUGACAAAGUCAGACCAAUUUUAAUAAACUCCAAGCUACCUCUGGAUGUGUUAGGGAAGAUUUGGGAUCUGAGUGACGUUGACAAAGAUGGACAGUUGGAUAGAGAUGAAUUCACAGUGGCAAUGCAUCUUGUGUAUCGUGCCAUGGAGAAGGAGCCUGUCCCAACUACCUUACCCUCAAACCUCAUACCCCCUUCUAAAAGGAAGAAAACUGCAGGAGCACUUCCAGGUGCUGUGGCUGUUCUACCUGCUCUAUCUGGGCUUACAGCUGGCUCUGCUCUUCUAAAAGAUUCACUGAGAAGCACUCCUCCUCUGGGCAGCUCAGCUCUCCUUAGCAACAGUACUGUCAACCUCUCACCAAAACACUCUUUUAAAUCCAGCACACCGGCAGCUGUAAACUGGGUGGUACCGGUGGCCGACAGGGAAAGAUAUGACGAGAUUUUUAAGAAAACAGACACAGAUAAUGACGGCCUCGUUAAUGGAACUGAAGUCAUUGAGAUCUUCAUGCAGUCCAGCCUCUCACAGACUAUGCUGGCACAGAUCUGGGGACUUGCUGACACUAAACAGACAGGAAAGCUGAACCGGGAACAGUUCUCUCUGGCCAUGUAUCUGAUCCAGCAAAAGACCACUAAAGGUGUAGAUCCUCCCUCCAGUCUAACCCCUGACAUGAUUCCUCCAUCAGAGAGGACUGCAGCCUCAGCAGCUGGUCCUAGCUGUGUGGGGUUUCUGCCAGCUGUGAGACCUGAACUUGCUUCACUUUCUCAUAUGCGCAGAGAUAGCACCAGCUCUGCGGGGUCUGCUGAGCUGACAGGCAUCAAAGAGCUGGAUGACCUCAGCCAGGAAAUAGCUCAGCUGCAGAGAGAGAAAUUCAUUUUGGAGCAAGAGAUCAGAGAAAAGGAGGAAGCCAUCAGACAACAAAACAGUGAAGUUCAGGACAUGCAGAAUGGUUUGGACAGGGAGAGCAGCAGCCUGCAGGAUUUGGAGUCACAGAAACAGGAUGCCCAGGAGCGUCUGGAGGAGAUGGAUCAGCAGCGCUCCAAGCUGGAGGGGAUGCUCAAUGAUGUCAAGCAGAAGUGCCAGGAAGAGUCCCAGCUGAUCUCGUCACUGCAGAGCCAAAUCCGCUCUCAAGAGACAGAGCUGCGGAGUCAGGAGGAUGAAAUGAGCCGCACGAAGAUGGACCUGAGCAGGCUGCAGGAGGAGGAGGCCCAGCUGGAGCAGAGCCUACUGACUGGUCGUGUGCAGCUGGACAGCAUCAUCAAGUCACUCACAACCACUCAGGAAGAGCUCAACCAGGCUCGCAGCAAGCUGUCACUGAUCCAGGAGAACCAAAAGGAGGUGACCAAGACCAUCGAGCAGUACAACAGCGCUUUGAGUGACAUCAACGCAGGAAACCUCAGCAACCUACCGGAUUUAAGCGAAGGGUUCACUGAGAAGCAGAACGGAGGCUUCAGAAGUCCGGAUGAGUCUUUUAAAUCAAAGUUAGCCAUGUUCAACAACAACAGUGCUAAAGAGCAGCCGGUAGACCCCUUCCAGACAGAAGACCCCUUUAAGAGCGACCCUUUCAAAGACCCGUUUGGAGAUCCUUUCAAAGAAAGUGAUCCCUUCAAAGGCACCACAUCCGAUGAUUUUUUUAGGAGUACAGACAAGUCAAACAUGUUUGGAUCCUCAGACCCAUUUGGUAGAAAACCAACACCACCAGCAAAGCCAAGUGCCUUCAGUAGUGGCGACCCUUUCAAAUCAAACAGCCCCAAACCAAAGGACCCUGAUGUAUUUGGGACAACGGACCCUUUUGGAAGCAACUCUUUUGGAAGUAAGGGGGGAGGAUUUGCUGACUUUAGUCAGAUGUCAAAGAAGUCGGACAACCCCGUGCUCCCAUCAAAGAAAAAUGUGCCUAAUCGGCCGGCGCCUCCCUAUGGUAUGCUCAAUUUGACGGCCUCAGAUCCGUUCCCGAGCGCUGACUCUACAGCAGACCAUACGGCCUCGUUUCUUACAACUCACUUGAGUAGCAAAUCCAAAGACAGUGCUGUGGGUUUUGCAGAUUUUGUCUCUGAAACGAAUAUGGCGAGUUUGGAAGUGAGAACCAGCAGUUGGAGUGGGCCAAGCGUGAGAGCGAGCGUGAAGAGCAGGAGAGGCUGAGGAGGCUGCGGCUCCAGGAGCAGCAGGACCUGGAGCUGGCCAUCGCUCUGAGCAAGGCUGACAUGCCCAGUUCCUGACCAGGCAUACCCCCAUAAAACAGCUUUUAGCUCUGCCUUACAGUCCCUCAGUCCUCAGGCUCAUGACAACUCAAACCCACACUGGCCCAAUAUGACUAGCAGCUUCUGUUACCAAUGCGUGUAAGAGACCAGUGGUUCUCAGCCCCGACUGGACUCCUGUCAAACAACUCCACAUUUAGCAAAUGGUUUAAAUUUAAAGCUCCAAAACUGCAAGACGACUAUAAUCAGGGACAAUACAUGGCAAGCUUUAUUCAAGCUCCGCUCAUCCUGCAAAACAGUAGCCAGUUAAUGCAAUCUUGGGUGCUCUACUAUAGCCUUUCUAACUAUAUCUUCAUGUCUCAUCACCAUGAAUAUCUGAAAGCCUUCCACUUUGAAAAAAUAGCCUUUAAGAAUGUUCUACGAUUUUAUUUAUAUGCAAAAGCAACAGUUCUGUUGUGUAAGAAGGACUUUGUAAAUGGAAUGUAUAAACUCUUUUAUAUAACCUUGAAUUUUGCCUAAAAAUCACAUUGAAUGUCAGGCUUACUACUUUGUUGCCCAAAUUCAACGGUUUUAAAGAACUCCUGUAACUCUAUAAAUACUGAUAGAUGAUGGUUUAAAACCUUUAAAAAUGCCUUUUGCAGUUUUUAAAGCAAAACCUGCCUUAGAGGACCAAUGCUGAGUGAUCAGUUAAUCAAUGCUAGGAUUUAGUAUUUAUUUCCAAUGUGUUUUUAACCAUUCGUGCUGACUUUAUCAACUAUUUUUGGCCUUAAAGUCAACUAGUGAGACCAUUAUCAAACCCUUAACCUGGAUAAGUAUAAUUCCAAGUAGAAAUUGUUGCUUUAUGUAGCCUUAAAUGCAUUUUAGCCCGUUCAUAAAUGUAGUAAAAUAGAAUUUCUGCCUUAUUCUUGUCAGCUCAAAUGCUUGUGAUAAUCAUUAAUGUCUUCCUCUCUGAACAAAGUUCAGCCCACCUGCAGCGCUGUUGCACCAUCUCUCUCUUGUGUCUGUCAUGUUGUUUAUCAUUGGUUACUUAAUCAUCACGCCCAACAACAACUUGCACUCCCAUAAAACUAAAGCCUCUAUAAAAUGGACUUAGUGUAAACCUGUGUUUUUCUGGUGCUGUUAGGCGCUGCUCAUCCUUUACUUCCACUGACGCAUGGUUACUCCUGCGUCCAACUCUUUGCCUCGGCUCUCAAAUCAACCAGUGGAUCUUUCCUUUUCAAUGUUGGAUUAUUGUUUCUGUUCAGCAAUGUCUUAUGAUCCAGUUGGAGGACAUUUCUUUAAAAGCCUUAAGAUUUUGUAUCUUAACACUAAUCAGGUUUAUUUGGCACAUAAUGUAUACACUUGUAUAUUCCAGAGCUUACUGGACAUGUACAAAGUGGUGGCGCCUUAUUUAUCAACAUAUCAGCAUUGUAACGUUUAUAAAAUAUUGCACAGUAUGUAUGUGAUUCUAAAAAUACCUUCUGAGCUUUGACCUGCUCAGAACUGUUGUAACUUUUAACGAAAUAAAAGUGAUUUUUGAAA